AUGGAUCCCAUCGAAUUCGACACCUCGCUCGUCAGCAGGCAGAUCUGCUGUCUCUGCAAAACCGAUAUCGGAGUCUGCUCGCCCUGCGGUGCCGACAGCUGCACCAGGGCCAUGCAUGUUACAUGCGCUCAAGACCACUCUCUUGUGACCAAGGGCAAGCAUGCGCAGAUUUACUGCGAUGUACAUCGGGAUACGGUCAUCCUGAACAAAAUCAUGAAGAGCCAGUCAGCACAACGCAGACGAUCAACCUCUGCUGGUGGUGGCGGUUCCGGUCGAUCAAAGCGUGCCAAGUACUACGGAGAGUCCUCCUCAGAGACCGAGAACGACGAGGAAGAGGACGAGGAGGAGGAUGACGAUGAGGACGUGAUCAUGGAGGAAGAGUCAGACGACGAUAUCCUGAAGAGCAAAUCAAGUAUACAUUCGAGUGCUGCAUCAAGUCGCGGAUCAAAGGGCCACACCAAGAACAAGCGGUCCCUGGAUUCAAACGGGCGGCGCAGGAGGAACAUUAGCUCGGGAUCAGAGGAGAUUGAUGUCGACGACACGGAAGCUGUUCUGGGAAGCUCUCUUGGAGGAUCAACUGUGCAAAAGAAAGUGAGCAAGAGCGCCAAGACAAAUACCAAGGAGUCAGCUGCGGAAUCUCAACGGCGUCGACUCCUCCAGACACUAGACAAGAACAAGAAGAAGCAAGGAACAGGCUCUGGUGUCUUUGCCAACGUCACCAAUCUCAGCGCGAUGCCCAUCCGGACACUGGGCGGUAUUGGCGUCACAACUGCGGUCCUUGGUAGUCCUUCAGGAGCAGAGCCUAAGCAAAAGUUGCCAGGCAUCAGCAGGAACGGUAACAACAACAUCAACAACAACAACAACAACAACAACAACAACAACAACAACAACAACAACAACACCAGCAACAAUAUCAACCCUCCUGCCUUUGAUGCGACAGCUUAUUCGCCCAUCAACACCACCGCGUCAAACAAUGGACCCGGUCAGAGUAAUGGCAGAAACGUAAAGGGCUUGGCAUUUGAUCCCGAUCCAGCUAUUGAACCUUCCGCCUUCAAGACGAACAACUCACAAUCGGUAUCAGGAGCGCCCAGCCCCAUCUUCUCAAACUACUCCAAUGCGGGAUCACCACUGCAAGCGCGCAUGCACGAGAGACAACACUCCUCGCCCAAGACUGAAGAUACCCGAGAGCUCCAGGCGGUCAUUCAGUCAUUACAAAACAAGAUCUCGUCGCUCGAGAUCACUAUUCAAGGCAUGACCCAACAACAACAGCACCUUCAACAGAAACUUGCAGCCAACACUAACAACAGAACGCCACCCUCAGGGACACCAACAUCUGCGCAUACACCCACAUCAUCGACCUCUUCUGCAGGCGCUUUGAUGCAAGCCAACCCCCACACAGCUGGCCAGCCAGGACAGGACUUGCAGUACAAGUUUGAUGUGUUGCAGCACACACAUGCACAGGACAAGAUGCGCAACCUGUCGUUGAGAGAGAAUCUGCGAGACAUUUUCGGGUAUCUGCAAGUCUCUGUUGGACUUCCAGGGCCUGAGGGGCGCCGAGGCUCGCAGGGAGAAUCGAAUGCUGAAUGGAGCGCCGAGAGACUAGACGACUAUGUGCAGGCGCUUCGGGACACAAUUGUUGGAACGGAGAGUGGUGGAUCGUCGUCGUCGUCGGGUGCUUUGCUAGGUGGAGGCAGACCCGCGCUGGAUGCGAAGCGGCGGGACAUGAUUGUCGAUCUCGCCUCAUUGCCACCAGAAUGUCUCGAGAUCAUCCUCGCCUUCCUCCAACACGACCUCGCCUCGCUCCACCGCCUGCUCUUUGUUUCGCGACAGUUCUUCCAGCUCACUGUCCGUUUCCUAUACAAGAGCCCCUUCGGUCUCGCCGCCAUAGCCGACUCUACAUCGGGUAGCCCCCAAGUCAGCAAUUCUCCCCAUGGCUGGAACCGUUUCCUCGAACGCACAAAGCUCCUCUCGCGGCUCUUGUUCCAGAACUUGCAGAUCAGACCUUUGGCCCCCACGUUUCGAACGACGAAACAAAAGGCGUCCAUCAUGGACGACUCGGUUGAACUCGAGCACAUUGAACCCCUUAUCCCCCCAGUCGAAAACCCAGUCUGGUCAAGACGGAAAUCUUCCUUGGAGGCGCCUGACAAUUGGUCUGCUUCGAUGACUCUUGCUCCCACUAGCUACUUUGCUAGUCUGGAGGACAAUGACGACUUUGAACAGCGGCCACAUCACGAACUAGACCCUUCUGCGGAUUUGAUGUCCUUUGAGGAUGAUUGGCACACCGAGAAUCCUACCGCCAGCGGCAGCAGCAGCAGCAGCAGCAACGACAACAACCGUCUCAGAUGCGACAACAAGACUGGCCUCCUCAUGGACUACUUUUAUUUUUACACCCAUCAAGACCACCGCUCCAUUGGAUUCAUCCUCAGGGAGAUAUACCCCGGCGCGGGCCGCCGAGAAUACGACAAGUACCUGGGCGAGAUCGAGCAGUCCAUCCUUCAACACAACCCCAAGCAAAUAGAGUCGAUCUACAUCCAAAGUCCAAUCGUCGUUGUCCCUUAUCUUCAUGCACAUAUGGAACAGUUCGAGCUCCUUUCAACCAUCAAGCUGCGCGAUCCUGUCUGGUCAGUCCAGGAACUUGAGAUGGUGUACAACUUUUUGAAGGAUCACGCCGCCAUGUUCCCUGCUGCACAAGCCCAGAGGCCAGAGGAUGACGACGGUCGCUACGUUGACAGCCAAGAACGACAACAGAUCUUGAGCUUGCGAAGGGGCGUCCAUAGUCGGAAAGCAGCGAUUCGACAUGUGACAUACGCGACAAGCAGGAGCCUGUGGGAUGACGCACGCCUCGCAGGACAGCCUUUUGAUCCGCUUCAGUUUAUAUUGGCACUCGGUCCUGGGCUGGAAUCCAUCGACUCGGUGCACUGGGGCAGGACGGAGCUUUCUCAACUGGACGCGCUCGACGUCCGGUCGUUACGGUCACUGCGGAUCGGAUUCGUGACCAUCCCACACACCGACCACUCGUUCAGCCGGCCGGAAUUUCUCUCGCGGUGUCGACGGCUGCACAGUCUGGACGUGUUUUCGAGCUCGGGCGACAUGUUUUCUUGGGCAGUUCAGGACUGGAACGACCACAAGCGAGCCCUGGAACGCUUGAAGGCUUCGACAAGCGGCAGCAAUCAUGGAACGACAUUGGACCCUCAACUCUACCCUUGGUUGCGUGGCAUGAAUCUAUCCGGACCCGAGAUAUUCAAGGCACCACGACCUCUUGUCCGUCUUUCUCACCUACGUGUCCAUGGACCUACCGACCACGUUGUCUUUGACAUUCUCCGAGAUGCGCUCUACAGCUUUCGGACGACACUGAGUGUGCUCGAGGUUGUAUCGGAUAUCGAGUAUACAGCCGGUGGCGGUGAAUGGCUAGAUCAUGCAGAGGAAUUGCUUGCUGGCAAGCCUCUCUCGGAAUCAAGGAGCAAGAAGGGCAGUAGUGGACGGGAACCCAAGGAACAACAACAGGACAUGGAUGGUGCUCCGGACCAAGGAAUGGACGACGAGGAUUUUUAUAAUCUUCUACCGUCGAUCGCAACUGGGUCGCUGUUUAUCCGAUGGGAGGUUCCUAGUUUGACAGAGUUGGACUUGACGGGACCCAUUGCGAGCGUGUUUGAGGUAGAGUCGUUGCGGCACAUGCCCAACCUUCGGAACCUCGCCUUCUCGAUCCUUACGUACACCAACACCUCUGCUCCACGGAACCGACUCUACCGACCAAGCGGGACUCCUCGCGGUCGUGGCGAUGGCAAUGGGGGGGAGGACAGCCCGAGAAGGUGUGAUAUGACACUCUUGCCUUCUGUCACCGGACCGGCUUUGCGGCGUGUGAUGAUUCGAGGACCGUGGCCAGAGAUUACGGACGAGAGUCUUCAAAAAAUGAUUGAGACGACGUCCAGAGGCGAUAAUAUCAAUCGAGAUCUCGAGAGCGCGGAAGGCAACCAUGCUGGGACGGACGAUGAUGAAGAGGACACGUGGAGCAACCGACUGUAUGAGCUUUCGAUCCUGGACAACCCUCGAGUGACGAUGCAGGGGAUGAUACGACUUGCACAACAGAUGGACCAGCUCCAGGUGAUGGGCAUGAGUCUGACGCUGCCGGCGGCCAACAACGGACACCAUCAUUUCACCGAAACCUCGGACAUGCACCACUACCGAAAGGCAGGUGGAUCUGCUCGCUACAAGUACCCGCCAGAGCCCAGCUCGGCCGCGGAGGAUGCUGAUGCUGCAGCUCGAAAUAUGCUCCUGAAGGCGCGAAUCAAUUUGCCGUGGGUUGACUUGGGACCUGAAGCCAAGCAUCUUGGUCGGCGGACUCGAACUGAUGGAUACCUCAGUCGUGGCUGGAACAUGUAA